GGAAUUUUGCCUCUUUGCUUUUGGAAUUUUGGAAGAGCACAAGACGUCCGAAGCAGACAACAAGAAGCAAGUGACAGGUACCUGGUACCGGUAGCACCUCUAGUUCUUCAUCUAUCUACAAGUAUCUGUCGCUGUGGGCCUUGAUCAUACCAUUAUCAUCAGGAACAUCAUGAACGACGAAGAGACUGCUAAAACGCAACUUCAACAUCUCUUUAUGAGACUGUUGCAUUCCUCUCGCAACGCAGAAGGAGGCCGCCAAGACCUGUUGGACUGCGUGUCUCUGUUGGAAGAAUUUCCCCCAUUGGCAGCAGCCACCUUUCCCAUUCGAUCCCUCGAUUCUCCGUGGGGCGGACGUCCCAAAGUCCCGCUCUUUCUACUCACGGCCUACGGCGCCAGCUUGGUCCAGAUCCAAACCGUCUACAAACUCUGUCCCGCCGCACUGCUCAUCACGGCGUGUCCCGAACUCGCUACCCUGGCCAAACGCAGUCAACGCGUCAAUAUGGAUGUCUUUUUGUUUCUCUCUCAAAAGUAUCCUUCCUUAAUGUCACGACGCAAUCGACAGGCUCGAUUGGCCGUACAAGAAUUGCUCCUCACCAAGAGUCCUCUUUGUCUGGAAGGACACGAUACCGUUCCAUUCGAUCAAGUGGCAGGACACUUUCAACAAAUGACUGUUCUGAGUCAAAGUACGACAAUGUCAUCGCGAUCUUGGUGUACCACACGACUCUUGCGCGAUGCCUUUCACGAAGAAUGUUCGCCGCCCAUACUCGACUGGAUCAUCCACCAGUUGCCGCCCACGGCGACUCAUUUUUGUUUGGGAGGACGACCGGGAUACAAACUUUCCAUUAGGGAUGCCAAACUGGUGGCGACUAUUUUACCCAAAUUGGAACAAUUCACAUUUCGAGUCUACUUUUCUCAUCCGGCGGGUGCCUCGGACCUGUGCGAAAACGACCAGGUAUUCGAUUAUCUCAUUCAGGAAUUGGCAAAAGCGUGUUGUCGUCGCAACAAGAAUAAGGGGGCGAGGAGUUUGAAGAAUUUGCGACUGGAUAUUCCCCACCUAACCAUGGUUCCCAGUGUCUGUGAAAAGUUAUUAUACGACCAUGACCAGUGUACCCUGCAGCAUUUGGAGUUUCGCGUUGUGGAACGUGCUACAGACGAGAGUACCAAAUUGGCACUGUCACUGCAAGAACAACAUCAACACUUGUUUCAGUUUCUCGUCCAUCGAUUAGAAACCACCAAUCUGACAUUGACCCGAUUCCACCUCUUGGCACAAACUGGACGCAUGGUCAUGCGACCCAUUGUCAAUGAAAAGGUCAAAUUCUACACGGCACUCAACCUAUACGAUCGCAAACGAGCACGACAAUCCAAACCAGAGUUGGUGCAUGUGCUACAGCAGGUCGUGUCAUCAUCCUCCAACCAAGAAGAGGAGGCCGUUCCGUUCUUGUUUCAACUAUUGCUCGAGAAUCCCACACUUUGGGCUCAUACAUGGGAGGGUCAAAAGAAGAGGAAACGACAUUAUGGCGUCGUUCAAGAGGGAACUACUGACACAAGUGGACCGCCAGAGGCAAAGAAGCAAAAGUUGGAGAGUUCAAGCUAGCUAGCUAAUAGUGAUAAGGAUUUCUUGGGUU